CUUUCGCACUGGACAAUGAAUUCACUGCUGCCAUCUACACCUACUCAUCUCUCCCUCCUUGCAACUGCAACUGCAACACAUGGCAUGGGGGCGCAAGGUUCCAUGGUCAUGGUGUGGCGCUGCAAAUGCAAUGCAUGCAUGCUCUACUGUUCAUGGCUACGAGCAGUUAUUGCGCUGGCAACUUGGCACUGCCCCCGAUCUCCCUCACCGUCACCGGCCCAUCACCUACCAGCUGCUGCUUGCCAUUAACAUUAACCCCUCCUCCCUCCUAUAAAUCCGGUCUCCGCGCUAUUCCUCCAUCGACCAUCGAGCUAGAUCAUAUCGAUCGCCAUAUAUAUAGUAGGGAGCGGCUCGCAGGGCAAGAACGAAGCAGAUGGCGGUGAUGAGCCGCCGCCGCGUCAUCCAGCUCGUCCUCGUUGGCGUCGUCGUCUUCCUGGUGGCCCCGCGGCUGUCGUGGAACCUUCCGGGCGGCCUCGAGAAGCUGGGGCUGCAGCAGAGCCCGGCGGCGGUGGCGGUGGCCUGCUGGGCGGCUGCGGUGGCGGCGUGGGCGUACGCGGUGUCCCGGCCCCGGCCCGUGUACCUGGUGGACCUGUCCGGGUACGUGGCGGGCGCGUCGCACGAGGCGUCCCGCGCCAAGACGAUCGCCCACUUCGGGCGGUGCGGGCGGUUCAGCGACGAGAGCAUGGCGUUCCAGAAGCGGAUGCUGGAGCGGUCGGGGCUCGGGGAGCAGACCCACUUCCCGGCGUCGCUGAUCAGCGUGCCCGUGGACAUGUGCCUCCGCACGGCGCGGGAGGAGUCCCACGCCGUCAUCUUCGGCGUCGUGGACGACCUCCUCCGCAGGGCGCGCGUGGCGGGCGGCGACGUCGGCGUGCUCAUCUUCAACUCCAGCCUGCUCAGCCCCACGCCGUCCUUCACGUCGCUCAUCGCCAACCGCUACGGGAUGCGGCGCGACGUCGUCAGCCACAACCUCAGCGGAAUGGGAUGCAGCGCCGGCAUCAUCGCCAUCGACCUCGCCAAGCGCCUGCUACAGGUGCACUCGGACACGUACGCGCUGGUGGUGAGCACGGAGAACAUCACUCUCAACGCCUACAUGGGCAACAACCGCCCCAUGCUGGUCACCAACACGCUCUUCCGCGUCGGCGGCGCGGCCAUCCUGCUGUCCAACCGCCGCGCCGACCGCCGCCGCGCCAAGUACCAGCUCAUCCACACGGUGCGCACGCACCGCGGCGCGCACGACCAGAGCUUCGGCUGCGUCACGCAGGAGGAGGACGACGCGGGGUGCGUCGGCGUCUCCCUGGCCAAGGAGCUCAUGGUGGUCGCCGGCGAGGCCCUGCGCACCAACAUCACCACGCUGGGCCCGCUCGUCCUGCCCAUGUCCGAGCAGCUCCGCUUCCUGGCCACCGUCGUCCUCAACCGCGUCUUCCGCGCCAGAGUGCGCGCCUACCUGCCGGACUUCAAGCUCGCCUUCGACCACUUCUGCAUCCACGCCGGCGGCCGCGGCGUGCUGGACGAGCUGGAGCGCAGCCUCAACCUCAGCGCCUGGCACAUGGAGCCCUCCAGGAUGACGCUCUGCCGCUUCGGCAACACCUCCAGCAGCUCGCUCUGGUACGAGCUCGCCUACUGCGAGGCCAAGGGACGGAUCCGCAAGGGGGACCGGGUAUGGCAGAUCGCUUUCGGCUCCGGCUUCAAGUGCAACAGCGCCGUCUGGAAGGCGCUCCGCACGGUGGACGGCGGCGAGGAGGGAAACCCGUGGACGCCGGAGAUAGACGUGCUCCCCAUCCACGUGCCCAAGGUUUCGCCCAUCGAUGAGACCACCUACAAGUUCGCUGACGGCGCCACGUACAAGAUCUCUCUUGGUUAAAAUAUAUUACUACUAUUGUUAUUAUUAUUAUUAUUAUUACAUGAUUGAUUUCUCAUCAUCAGCAUGUAACCUAAUCAAGAUAAUUUAAGAAGCAGCAGCGCGCCGUUAUUAA